AUGCCCACCGCCGUCGCCCCGCGCGCGUCGCCGCAUCCCGAGCUCACCGUCUUCGACUUGGACGCCUGCACGUGGGACAAAGAGAUGUUCGAGCUGCGAGAAAUCGUCGACCCGACGCGCUCGCGCCGCGGCUCGCUCGGUCCCGACUGCGGCGAAGGCGUCGUGGCCGCGAUGAGCGGAAACACGCCGAUCGCGCUGCAUCCCGGCGCGCUGCGGGCGUUUCAACAGAUUUGGCUCGGGACGCUCGAGACGCGCGCGGCGGCGGCGUCGAGCGCGGACACGCCGCUCGCCGUGCGAAUCGGACGCAGCGCGUUGGACGUCUUGGAGGUGUUUCCAGGCGUGACCGUCCGGCAGGUCUUCGCCAAAGGUUGGCCCGAGGGAUUCGAGGGAAAUUUGCAAAUCGGUCGAACGCCGCCGCUGUCGCCGGACAAGGCGCGGACGCACUUUCCGAUUUUACGACGCGAGACGGGCGUCGCGUACUCGCGCAUGCUGUUCUUCGACGACUGUAACUGGGGCGACCACUGCGCCGCCGUCGAGCGCGGGUGCGUGUGCGAGGACACCGGUCUCGGUCCGGUGGUCGUGCGAACGCCCAGAGGUUUGCGCGUCGACGACUGGGAGCGCGGCUUGAGCCUCUACGCCGCCCGCGUCGCUUCCUGGAACGACGCCGCGUCCUGA